AUGUUUGCCUUCCUCCCUCAAUACUUAGAAGUAGAUAAGACCCGCACAGAGAGCGAAGAUUGUUACUGGCAAACGGACCCUGCGCUGCGCGGUUGCUGGCACAUUGAUGAGGACGUACAUCAACUCCUCCCGAGUCGACACACUGGCGGCCGCAAACUUGCAUCAACGGAACAUGCUGUACACUUCCUUCUCCAGCGAAUACACCAGGCUUGGUCCGAGGGUAAAGUUGCCUCCCUACUCCUCCUCGAUGUGUCAGGGGCGUAUGACAACGUGUCGCGAGAACGGCUUCUGCACAAUCUGCGCAAGCGUCGAGUUAGCGAUAGCAUCAUACGUUGGAUAGAUUCGUUUCUCCACGAUCGCUUCACGACCAUCAAGCUACAGGAAUACACAGCGCCAGCGGCGCCAAUUCAAAUCGGAAUUCCGCAAGGCUCACCGGUCUCACCAAUUCUAUAUCUUUUCUACAACGCGGACCUUAUUGAGGCCUGUAAAACAGAAGAUAUAGAAGCGGUGGGAUAUAUUGAUGAUGUAUCGAUCCUGGCGAUUGGGUCAUCGACCCCGCACAACCGCAAAACUCUGAAGAAGAUACAUCGCGAAGCUGAGGAUUGGGGACGAAAGCACGGCUCCCAAUUUGCACCGGCAAAGUACGAGCUGAUUCACUUCACAAGAGACCCUAUGAUGAACAGCACACAUGCUCUCCGCUUGCCACACGCCACUAUCAUUGCGUCCCCAUCGUGCCGCUACCUGGGGAUCCACAUGGAUACCAGACUUCGGUGGUACUACCAUCGAGAAGAGAUGGAGGCUGCAGCGACAAAACGCCUGUCUGCUCUGUCGGCCCUAGCCUCAUCGACAUGGGGUGUGGAGUUGGUCAACUUGCGACAGGUUUACAGGGCAAUGAUCAUACCUCAAAUGCUAUUCGGAUGCUCAGCGUGGCAUACCCCAAGGGGAGGCCGCGGAAGCAGAGGUAGUGAUAUGGUGGCAGUAGCCAGGAAGAUACAGAGGCGAGCUGCUCAAAUCAUCACAGGAGCCUUCCGGACGACAGCUGGAGCAGCGGUAGACGUGGAAGCACAUUUACUCCCAGUGCAGCAGCAAAUGGAGCAAACUGCACUGGAGGCGGCCAUGCGUAUCCGCACCAGUCCACUAUAUGACGAUAUGGCAUCAACUAGCGAGCUUGAACCUAGCCCUCUGGAUCGGCUGUCGAACAUGUUGCAUAGCAAAUAUGGCAUCCAGCUGAGCCAACUUGGAAAACGCCAGCCGCAUAUAGUGCCGCCGUGGUGGUGCCCGCCUUUCAUCCGCAUCAAUGAGUCUGCGAGCGACGCAAUCAAAGAACACGAUGCAACGGCUCCCGACACGAUUCGCAUCUACACCGAUGGUAGCGGUAUUGAAGGUCAUGUCGCGUAG